AUGGCCACAAGGCACACGUUCGUCUGGUUCGAUCCUGAUACCUCGACUGAAUCCCUCUUAUUCGCAUCAGAUGCGAAAGAUCAAAAAUCACGGCACGCACUUGAAAACAUCAUCGAGAAACACUGUGUCGACCACCUGCUUACUGCCGAAGUAUCUUGCGACAAUACCGAGCAAAUAUUGCGUGAUAUCCUUGAAGUCUGGGAGAAUACCGGAGAAAGUGUGGAUGAUGUCGACCGGCGCAUGCUAGCUAUAAUGGUUUCAAGAGAUAUCGACAAUCCUUCUGGACACAAGUGCGAAUGUAUCUAUGAGCUCGCAGUAGAUCUCAGCUUGGGUCGAUCUUCUUCUUUUGUCCGAGACAUAGUGCGUAUCGUUCGUGUGCAGGAGACGGACUCACGGCAAGCCAUCAUUGCUUUGACGAACACCCUGGCAGCACGGGAAGGUUGCAAAACAUGUUGGAGAGGGGUCUUACUAAGAUGGCUGAACCAAAGUGAGAAGCAAGAAGCGCGAUGGGGCACUGCCAUCAUCGACCACUUGAUCCAAACCAUGGAUCCUGCGACAUGGCUCUCCUUCAUGCAAUCAUUCGAGAAGAUCUUCGCCGACAUCAUUGCCAAUCACACCAACAAACACGAGUUACCGUCUCUACUGCGGCCCCAGGUUUUGACUUGGGUAUCAGAAGUAGCAAAGUUCGGGCCCACCUUAACGAAGCUCGAAGAAGUGUCCGACAGUCCAUUCGCAGUCAUUGAGUAUUUAUCUGAACUACUGAACGCGCCAUAUGAGGCUAUAGAAGCUUGCAACGAGAUUUGGGAUGCGAGAUGUGGAUUUCUGGACAUACCUGGUCUUCCUACUCACGAGCAAGCUGGUCUUUCUCGGAUCGUCUCGAGAGAUGUUGUCUACUACGACGGCGCGUCCAAACAGCACAAGAUCAUGACGCAACCAGACUCAUUGACGCCAAAGAAGAAGAAACCCCUUCAAACAAUUGCCAAGCGAAGAUACGACAUCCCACUAGCUGUGGCUGAGGUCAUGGUUGCUGGUUGGAUACAAGAUGACGACGUAGCAGCAGAGACGAAAACGAUCAUCGAACGCCUCGCUCAGCUACUCAAGUUGAAAGUAUACAAGCAGACCAUCCCUCAAGCCACGCUCUCUAAAGCAACAGAAUUCUGGGAUAGCAUCGAAGCAGAGAUCAUGCAAGAAGCCGAACGCCUCGAAGGGCUAAAGCGAACACUGAAAGCGAAAGACCCCUUGCAGACAGCCUUGCUGAUCGAGGAGUACAAUAUACCCGAUAGCAAUCUGCUGGAAGAUGAAAUACAAGAACUACCUUCCGGCAUCAUCGAUCUAGUUGAACUAAUCGAUGAUGACGAGAUUGAGAUGAGCUUCACACUCGCUUCCUACACUGAGCUACAACGAAGCGCAAUGGGCGUACCGAGCACAGCGAACAACCUUCUCUUACGGCUAACCAUCGAUCGGUAUGGGAGCAAGCCACCCGCGUUCUGUGUGCACUACGACAGUGACAAGGGUAUAGAGACUGAUCAACAUUUCCCGUGGAUCUGUGUUGCAACUUCCAAUGCACCACACGGUAAUGUGUGUUUCUCGAAGCAAACUGUCUUCGUAUGGCAGAUGAACAGGCAUAUCCAUCGGUACCUUCGCGCGGGGAACGUAUCGUUAAGAGGGCUGUACGGCCUCGUCCAGACUAUGAUCGGAGAAAUGGGGCAAAGAUGCAUCUCCUGCGGCUGCCGCCACAAAGGGAAGAACACGCAACUGCGGAGAUCUACACCAUGUUGGACUGUCGCAUGUCAACUGCUAUGGUACGCCCUCCCCAUCGACGUCCGCAUCCCCGAAAUCCGCACCGAUAUCUUCGCCGUCGACAUGCUCCUCAGCUCCGUCUACAGCGCCGCCAUGGCCAACAAAACCGAGCUCCUCCCCAAUUGUCCCAUCCACCCUAUCAGCACCGUCAAAACCAUACUCGAUAGUCUCCCCAAACUGUCCGUCAUCCGCGACGCAGUCCAUAUCUCCACCGUCCUAUCCAGAUACCACGCCGACGCUGAGAAGCUCAUCUCAUGGGCAUGCCUUCUACGCAGACUACAGUACUAUUUCACGGUACAUCACUCGACCGCCUCCCAGCAAUCCUCGCUAAAGGUCUAA